GGUCCUAAACCCAAAUACUGUAUUUUCUUCAUUCAAACCUAUGCAUACCUAGUCUACUGUGUCCCUCAAUUAUAUAGUUUUAAUGGCUGUUUGUAUGAAAAUUAUAGUGCAAGGCUCCAUUUUGUCCAUCACAAAAGUUUGCCAGCUGUGUGGGCCUAUCGCAGUGCUAUUCUAAGUUGAAGGAAACUUGUGUAUUAAUGAUAAAUUCUGAUAAUGUUGUGGCCUCAUUUUUCAUUUAACCGAUCUCUGAAAGUCUGUAAUGAAGGUACAGAAGGCUUAGUUUGCACCCUGUAAGUACAACUAAAAGGUAAUAAUCUUCGAUUUGGACACAAUUUAUAUAAGAUUAAUGCUUGAGGUUGUAAAAAUAUAAGAUUAGACUGUUAUUUGAAGCAUGACUGUCAAUUUUGUAACAUGACUCAGUACGUCAGAGGCGGAAGGUCAUGGAGCAGUAAAACGGAAGCUAGUCUAAUAGCCCAUCCGCCAUUGUGGAAUAUAGUAAGGGAUAUUCCUAUCAGGCAUUAGUCAGUUUCAGAGUGAGUGAUUCAGUGCAACGAUAACCACAUCGGCACCUUAAACAUAUCGUACUGCCACAAAGUGAUCGAUCACCCGAGACACAGUGUUGCAUAGAUCCGACGACCGAGGCAAACGUCGCCUGCAUAGACUGAUUGAAUAACCCGAGACGAGAGAGAAAAAUACCGGAGAGCAGAAGCAGGAGAAACCGUGGACAGUCACAAACAGUAAUCAGUUUCGGUUCCUGGAGGAUGUCUGCGACCACUGUCGAUCAGAGACCCAAAGGACAAGGAAAUAAAGUGCAAAACGGAUCAAUGCAUCAGAAGGAUGGCGUAAACGAUGAUGACUUUGAGCCUUACCUAAGCAGCCAGACAAACCAGAACAACAGCUACCCACCAAUGUCCGACCCUUACAUGCCCAGCUACUAUGCUCCAUCCAUCGGUUUCCCCUACUCCCUGGGGGAGGCGGCCUGGUCCACGGCGGGGGAUCCCCCCAUUCCCUACCUGACCACUUACGGACAGAUGAGCAAUGGCGAGCACCAUUUUAUCCCUGAUGGUGUUUUCAGCCAGCCGGGAGCCUUGGGAAACACCCCGCCCUUUCUCAGUCAGCACGGUUUCAACUUCUUCCCCGGCAACGCAGACUUCUCCACCUGGGGCACCAGUGUCUCCCAGGGCCAGUCCACACAGAGCUCCGUCUACAGUAACAGCUACGGCUACGCCCCCAGCUCCCUGGGCAGGGCCAUCGCUGAUGGACAGGCUGGCUUCGGUAGCGACACCCAGCUCAGCAAGGUCCCGGUGCUGAGCAGCAUCGAGCAGGGCAUGACGGGGUUAAAGCUCGGCACGGACAUGGGGGCAGCCGUCACCAAAACCGUGGGCUCCCCGCUAGGCGGCACGCCAGGCAUGAGUAGCAUGGCAGCCAAUAACAUGCCUCCGUCUGUGAGCUCUUCCGCCCCCAAACCUACUUCCUGGGCCGCCAUCGCUAGGAAGCCUGCCAAGCUCCAGCCCAAGGUCAAACCCAAAGUCAACAUGGGAAUGGGGGGUUGUGCCAUCCCCCCUCCCCCUAUCAAGCACAACAUGAACAUUGGCACCUGGGACGAUAAGGGCUCCCUCAACAAACCCCAGCUAGCUCAGGCCAUGAUGCCCCCCCAAACCCUGGUGCAACAGCCUCUCAUGGGGCAACCCCAGCCCCUGCUCCAGAGCCCUCUUCCUCACCAACACCAGCCCCAACACCAGCACCAGCACCAACACCAGCCCUUUCAGCUCCAAUCCCUACAGUCCCCCCAGCACCCCCAGCCGAUGCCCCCAGGACCUCCGCAUCCCCACCAACACCCCCACCCCCAUCAGCACCUUUCCUCCCAGCCUGGCCCCCCCCAGCCCCUCCAUCAGCACCAACAUCCCCAGCACCAACACCCCCAGCACCAGCACCCCGCCCCUCUGCCCAACCGCUGGGUCGCCCCCAGGAACCGGGGCAGUGCCUACAACCAGGGUGGGGGGGUGGAGGGCUUUGGCCUGGGCGGUGGGGUCCCCAUGACUGCCUCUCCCUGCCCUGGGGAGGUCCACCCCGUUCUGGAGAAGCUCCGCGCCCUCAACAACUACAACCCCAAAGACUUUGACUGGAACUUGAAAAACGGACGUGUGUUCAUCAUCAAGAGCUACUCCGAGGACGACAUCCACCGCUCCAUCAAGUACUCCAUCUGGUGCAGCACGGAGCACGGAAACAAGCGCCUGGACGCCGCCUACCGCUCGCUGGGCGCCAAGGGACCGCUCUACCUGCUCUUCAGCGUCAACGGCAGCGGACACUUCUGCGGCGUGGCGGAGAUGCGCUCGCCGGUCGACUACAACGCCUACGCGGGCGUCUGGUCUCAGGAUAAGUGGAAGGGCAAGUUUGAGGUGAAGUGGGCGUUCGUUAAGGACGUGCCCAACAACCAGCUGCGGCACAUCCGGCUGGAGAACAAUGAUAACAAGCCGGUGACCAACUCCAGGGACACUCAGGAAGUACCCCUGGAGAAGGCCAAGCAAGUGCUUAAAAUAAUCGCCACUUUCAAGCAUACCACCUCAAUCUUUGAUGACUUUGCACAUUACGAGAAACGCCAGGAGGAGGAGGAGACUCAGAGGAGGGAGCGAAAUAGAAAUAAACAGUAACCUUGGAGAAGACUCUCUGCUAAAACUGCAACACUAAUGACGUAGGACCUUCAAUGAUUGCCUAACCACAAGAAAAAUAAAAAAGGGUCUCACAAUCUUUUUCUGCUGAAGACGACAAUGUAUCGGAACACUUGACCGUGACGGUGGACUCACCCGUGUCAGUUUACUGGUACUUCUUGUGUUUCCGUCUCCCAAGAAAACGAUAGACAAUAGCCCACUUUAAACUCUGUCUUUAAGCACUUUCAGUCCUUCUAAACAAGCCUCUACCAAUACCCUUAACUAUCUAACUCUCUCUUUCUCUUGACUUAUGUUUGUGAUUAACUAACUAUCUGACUAACCAGUGUAGUUGGUUUUUCCAGAGGAUUUCACCAGAAAUUGUAAUUUGUUUUGUUUUUUAAUACCUUAUAAAAAUUGGCUAAAAUAGAACCCCCCCCCCCCCCUCCCCCAGAAUUGUAUCGCCUUCAGAAGAGAUUUUCAAGAUGACAUGUAUGAUAAAUUAUUUUACUUGAAUCUAUAUUCAGCCGUCUGGCCAUUCUCAGACAGAUGUUGUUACUGAUUGACAGGUGGCAAAGGAAUGACAGGAAACCCUUCACAAAUCAUUCAGCCAAUCGUAUAAGACCAACAUCUUCCUUUUUCCCGCCCCUGCCCCUCCCUCUGCAUAUGUUUCUGUGUACCAAAAGAUGAGGAUUUUUUGGUGUGCUGGUGAGAUUGCCGACGAAUGCACACAUUUUGUUUUCUCUCUUGUGAUUCUUGUCAUUCUAAAGUGCAUUUGUCUGAGGAGAAACCUGCUCCACGGUAACUGUCGCCCCGGCAACUGUUGGUAACUGUAUUUGCUCUGAUGUUGGCGUGUACUCUACAGUACCUCAGGCCCAACACGGUUGUCAGUCUGAAGAUCUCUGUAACAUUUCUGGGGAAAAAAAGCUGAACUUCUCCAAGGAUGUAAGUUUUCUCUUCUAGGUAACUCACUAGCUAAAUAAACAUUACCUAU